AUGCUAAAUGACACCCCCUGCAUCCCAGAGCUGGAAAGAAUCACGGAGAAAGCCCAAGAGGAAGAGAAAUCCCCGAGAGCAUCCCAAAGAGAGCAGCUGAUGCUGUUGGAAAAGCUGGUCGUGACAAAGGAAACUCCCCUGGCGAACGCCGCCUUCUGGGCAGCCAGGAAAGGGAACCUGGCCCUCCUGAAGCUGCUGCUGAACAGUGGCCGGGUGGAUGUGGACUGCAGAGACAGUCACGGCACCACGCUCCUCAUGGUAGCCUCCUAUGCUGGUCACCUGGACUGCGUGCGGGAACUGGUUCUGCAGGGAGCGGACAUCAAUCUGCAGAGAGAGGAUGGGGGUACCGCCCUGCUGGCUGCCAGUCAGUACGGGCACAUGAAAGUGGUGGACACGCUGCUGAAGCAUGGAGCCAACAUCCAUGACCAACUUUAUGAUGGAGCCACUGCCCUCUUCCUGGCUGCCCAGGGUGGUUACUUGGAUGUCAUUCGAUUACUCUUGUCUUCAGGAGCAAAAGUCAACCAGCCAAGGCAGGAUGGGACAGCACCUCUGUGGAUUGCAUCACAGAUGGGCCACAGCGAGGUGGUGAGGGUGAUGCUGCUGCGGGGUGCCGAGCGUGACGCUGCCCGGAACGAUGGCACAACAGCGUUACUGAAAGCAGCCAACAAAGGGUAUAAUGAUGUGAUAGAGGAGUUGCUUAAAUUCGCACCGGCCCUUGGCAUUUUGAAGAAUGGGACUUCAGCGCUCCAUGCAGCAGUGCUCAGUGGCAACAUUAAAACGGUAGCUCUGCUCCUGGAAGCAGGGGCGGACCCAGCCCUGAAAAACAAGGCCAAUGAACUUCCAGCAGAACUAACCAAAAAUGAACGCAUAUUACAGCUCCUCGGAAGUAAAGACAUUCCCAGGAAGACCUAACUGAGUGCCACAGAAAGAUAGAAACUUUAACCACAUGUGUGCCCUUUACCCCCACCCCCCCACCCCAGUAAUCCAUUUUCAAAUAGCGUCCGAAAUUCUUUAAAGAAAGAAAAUGCCCAGCAUGCCCAUCCUGUGGGGCCCAGACAGGAAAGAGCUGGGCUUUGUGCAUUGAGUGAGUGUAAGACGGCUCUGGGCGCUUCCCCUCACUGCGGGCUUCUCACACUGGCCUGUACCUUGCUCCAGUGGACCUGGCAUCACCAUGAUGUCACAGAAACCUGUUUUAAUUAUGCUAACUUAGGUCUCCCAGGUAAACUCUAAGAUAGACGAGGUUUUUAGUGCAAGGCAAGGAUACAGCAAACUUUGUUCUUAAAAAUGACCAACAGUUGGGCCUUUCAUAAAUUGAUGCACUUUUUGCUUUUGUGUUAAAUGUGUAAUGUGAAAAUCUAUAGAGAUUCAAUGUAGUAUGAAUGUAUAUGUUGUGCUAAUGUCAGAUGUUGUAUUAAUACCCACAGAUCAUAGCUGCUCGUAUUAUGAGUUGAUAAAGAUGCAUUGUUAAAAACCCAUUUCUGACGUUCCACCAUGUGAGUUUCUAAAGUGGGCUAUCAAAUGAUCCAAAGAGACAAAUCGUGUAUUUGUGUGUCAAUCCUCAUCUUGUUACUGACAUUUAAAAAUCACGUUCACUUAGAGCUAAUGGUGUAUGUAUGUAAAGGUACAAUUAGCAGAUUUGAAAAUUCAGAAAAUUGCAAGCCAAUAGAGAGAAAUGUAGGCUUCUCUCGGAGCUUUUAUUUGGGGAAUCUAUGUCUCAUGCCAUAAAUAAGUAGACUUACUAUACUGAAGAAUACUAAAUGUUAACAUCACAUUGCGUGAUGCCAUGACUUUGAGGUCCUUGGAUAAAGCAUGAUAUAAGCAAGUAUAAUGUGUUGCUGUGAUUAUUGCAGGACUAUAAGUAAUAAAGACUGUGAUAGAGUAUUUAAAUGUCCAUCUAUGCAUGUUCCUGGACUGUUUCCAAGAAAGAUAGCUGGGUUUUAUUGAGUUAUUGUUUGGAAAGAGAGGGGUGGGUUUCAACAUUUCUAUUCAAUGCACUUUAGAAUCAAUGGUGUCUAAAUGCCUCAGUCAGUGCCUAAUUGCACAUAGGAAAAUUAAACGCUUCUUUAUCUAACCUUCUUAUUCCCCUUCUGCUCUGGUUUCCAGUCGAUGAUCCAUGUAAGGACAUAUUAAAAUAGAGGGAAAUGUAAUCCCAGAUUUUAUUUUUCAAGCCAAUUUGCAUUUCUGUUGAAAACAUUAUCUUUGCCUGUUCUCAUAAACAUUUGCUAUGGACAAUGCAAUAAAAACCAGCCUAUUUUAGUUCAUGUCGGAAGCAAAACCUGUUUUGCCCAAGAGCUUUAUGCAUUUAGUAUAAAUCCAUAAGUCAAUAAUGAGCAAAUCAUAACCCCAAAGUUGCCUGUAGCCUGACUAGCUAUGCAAAAAGCCUGAAAUCGAAUUUCAGGGUAAAAGAUUAGACAAUCUAUCUGUGUUGCUAAGACACCUGGACAGAAAUAUUCUGGUAGCUAAAACAAUGCCAAUUUCCUCAUUGAUGUCCUUUUACUCAACAGAGUUAUACAAAAACAAAUUUUCCUCCCAGGGAAAUUUAUAAAGCUAUACUGAUUCUAACGAAGAAAAUAAUGUGGCCUUAAAUGCUUUAAAUGUUUUGUCCUUCAUUGACCCUUGUACUAAAAAAAUGGCUACUCAUUACCAAUAGAAAUCAAGACAGCAUUAUAGAUACUGAUCACAAAGUUCCAAAAAAUUAAUGGGAUUAAUCAUAAGCUUCAUGUUUUUUGGGGUUUUUUUUAAGCUUAAUGUUUUAACUAAACCAUGUUGUCUUUGGCCUAUUCCUUAAAUUGUUUUAAGUGGUGAAUGCUCUCCUAACAGUAUUAGGACAAUAAAAAUGAAUCCAUUCACCUCUCAGUCUUUUGUCUAAAAUCAAGUGUAACAAUGAAUCCAGGAGCUUAACAGUAUGUAAUUGGAAGCCUUCAUCCUGUAGGUACAAGGUAUCUGACUGAUGUAAAGAGAAUCACUUUUCAUCAAGGUAAGAGUGGGAUAUUUUCCAUCGCAGGGAAGAUGAGUAUAUAAAUCACCCACCAAAGAUUGAACAAAAGGUCUGUUAUUUAACGUUCCAAAUGUAUUUGACCUUACACACAGGUAGACGAUUCUUACUUUAUGUUAUAAUUGAAUUCACAAUUCCAUUCGCUCUGCAUCACAAGAUUUAAAACUAGCAGCCUCUUAUGCAGAUUGUCCAUUUAACCGAACCACAAAAAAAUUUGUUACAUCUGUUUGAUCAUAUAUUCCAUGCUGUAACUAAAAAUAAAGUUAAUAUUAGUAUCUAA